CUCGCAGCCAACAUGGCUCAGUGUGCUGCCGACAAUGCUGCCUGCCAGGGUGCUUGCUACGCAGCCUACAACACCUGCAGAAGCACUCGUGGCCCCGACGGUCUCUCCGCCAAUAUGGCUCAAUGCGCCUCUGAAUACGCCAGCUGCCUCGGCGAGAACCCCAUUGCUUCCACAGGCGGCCUGAUCUCAAGCUUUAUCCCCUACAGCGCCUCUGCCUCCACCAUGGCC